AUGGUGGAGGAAUCCAUUGAAAUCUUCAUGGAUGACUUCUCCGUAGUCGGAGACUCUUUUGAGCAUUGCUUGGAGAACUUGGCACAAGUGUUGAAACAUUGUGAAGAGAUAAACUUGGUCCUAAAUUGGGAAAAAUGUCUCUUUGUGGUCAAAGACGGCAUCGUUCUUGGGCCCAAAAUCUCGAAAAGAGGAAUAGAGGUUGAUAAAGCCAAAAUCGAAGUCAUUGUUAAACUUCCUCCUCCCAUAACCGUCAAAGGUGUCCGAAGUUUCCUAGGCCAUGCUGAAUUUUAUAGGAGAUUUAUCAAAGAUUUAUCCAAAGUGGAUAAUCCCUUAUGCAAAUUGUUGGAAACGGAAUCAAAGUUUGUGUUUGAUGAGGGGUGGUUCAAGGCGUUUGAAUGUUUGAAAGAAAAGCUCACUUCAGUACCCAUUAUUAUUGCACCAGAUUGGUAA